AUGGCAAGAUUGGUUCCGGUUUCGGCUACAACUGUUCAGGUCUCCUAUGGAUUUUGUCAAUUUUUGGGCCCCACUUUUUGUUUUGUUGGGUAAGAUUUUUGGUGUCUGAUUCAUUAGAAUUUUAAUUAGUUGUGCAGCUAGAAUUCAGAAAUUUCACAAAAAAUUUUUGCAGAUGUGCCCUAAUGUUUCACUUCUUCAUCUAUUCUCAAUAUUCUCUCCUUCUAUCUUUCAGCUACCGUUAUUAUAUUCUCAAAAACCCAUCGCCAAAACAAAAAUCCCUAAUUUUGUUCAUGUUUCUCACCUAUAUUCCAGCCCUUUUACAUGUUAUUUGUUUUCUUUUCAAUCAAGCCGAUUCUCAACUUCUUCUUCAAUUAUAUUUAUCGAUUUAUCCGAAUGAUACAACAAUUACUAUAAAUCAGAUAACUGGAAAUAAUAAUACGAGACAAUUUACCGGAUUAUUUCCCAAAUUUAAUAUGUUUUUUUGCCCCGUUCCAGUUGUGUUUUCAGGUAAAAAAAAUGAAAAAAAGGGUGGCCGAAGUAUUGCGGUGGCCGAGAAUUGUCGGGAAUUCGGCCACAAAUGCGCCGAUUUUUUCCUCUUUUUGGUUUUCGAAAUUUUUAAAUUCAAAAUUUUUGCAGUCGUCUUCAUUCGUUGGAGAAUCGUAAAACUGCUGGAAAAAACCGCACAACACUUGCGAAAAGAAACAAAAGCGCUCCAUCGUCAACUUCUAACCGCUCUCACUUUACAAGCUUGUCUUCCAAUAUUUUUUGUCAUCGGUUUAUUCAUGUUCGGAUUGGAAGCAUCGGGAAAAAGUGAGAAAUGA